AUUCUUAAUCCCAAACAAUCAAUUAGAGAGAGAGAAAGUAUAGACCACUUCGGCUCUACUCGUAAGGGAGUGAGAGGAAGUGAUGGAGCCGUCGUUUGACGCGCUUUUUAUGCCCAACACUAAUAAGACUAACCAUACAUUUCAAGACUAUGAGUACGAAAUCGAGGAAUCGUUUGCGAGUUUCAACUUAUGGGAUCUCAUACCCACCGCCAUUGUCUACGGUCUCACACUGUUUGCCGGUCUCAUCGGCAAUGGUCUCAUCGUGUAUACAGUGGUGCACUUCAGGCGAAUGCGAACCCUUUCCAAUGUAUUCUUAGCGAGUCUUGCUUUCGCUGAU